AUCAAAUUAUAGGCAAUCAUGUUAAGAUAGCCGUAGCUGCCAGUAUAAACAAAAAUGAAACAGUCGAUGUCGAAACUAGUUUAAACUUACAGGACACGUUAUUAUUGAAUGGAUCUUUUCCGAUAAAAGACAUUGAAUCAUUUGAGAAUUUUGAUGAGGAUCUACGGAAAGAUAAAAAUUUGAGAGACAAAGUCGUAAAAUUUUGUGUACAUUUUUAAAAGAUGUUUUGACUGUGACAAUAAUUUAUUUUAUGACACGCAGUGGCAUAAACCUCGAUUUAAAUCACGCUUGUGCAAAAAUGCACUCGCUAAAUCUCGGUUUAUGCGCAUUGUUCCAUAAAAUAUCGUUAUAUACUAGUAUCUGUAUAUAUUUUAGUUGAAGUUAUUAAAUAUAUAUUUCUAAAUGUUUUAGUGGCAGUAUCUUCAAGCUUAUAUUAACAAAAAUAAUUGGAAGGACACUGUAAGGAAAAUGAUAGGUCGUAUAAUGUCAAAUGAAGUUCAAGAACUUUAUAGCUGUUGUGGCCAAAAGGCCAAAAAUUUUUCAAUGAAACUAUUGUAUACAGCGUAAUUAAAAUUGCUACUACAAGUACGCUGGCAAAAACAUGCAGAACAAAUACAAAAGAUUUGCAGACAUAUGUAUGUAAGCAAUUAUUUAAAAAAUGCUAAAACUCGUUUACAACUUGAUGAACAAAAAAAGGACAAUGGAAGAAAAAAUAAAGGAAAGAAGAGCAAAGGAAAAACAAAAAAUAACGAACAAACGAAGAAUAAAGAAACAGAGAAAAGUGUGGCUUUAUCUCUAUCGCCUACAUCAAACGACAGUAAUGAAGAUGAUUCAAAUUAAGUAUUUGUUAUCCUUAUAAUACAAAAAAACAGUUGAGUAGUAGCGAUUUCAAUUCUGUAAGUUAUUGAUUAAGGCAGUCUUAUAUAAAUGUAAAUUGUUAUCAUAUAAUUACUACUAAUAUUACUAGUUUAUACGGAAUACAUGUUGUACUUUGAUUAACAUUGACGAUUGCAGGCGAAUCUAGUUAAAGAGACCGUCCGGUAAGGACAAUCAUGCUAUUUUCCUACAAAAAACGCGCAGAAUUGACUAAGUUUAAUGGACUACAUUGAACGCUAGGGCGGUUCAUUAAAAUUAAGUAAUAUUAUUUGCUGUUUAAAUUUAUAGUGAGAAAAAUACGAGGUUUAUUGUGAAAUCGAAAUCCUUUGUUACUUUAAAUAUUGAGCGUUGUACGCUUUUGCACAUUGUAUAUUUAAGUAAUCGGUGACGGAUUUUCGUACUUACAUACAGAUAUUCUAGACAAGUAUCUUUGUUCAACACGUCUCAAAGAGUCACGAAUCUAUAUUAUAGUAUUCUAUAGGAAAUGUAAGAUUCAAUUUUAAUUUAUUCAUACUAUGAUUGUAACAUCAUUAACCGAGAUGUUUUUACGACUUUCUCAUCGGCAACACUCAUCUUGCAUUGAUGUACUUCAGCUGGGCUACAGAUUCAGGCCCUAAAGGCGUCAAUAGCCAAAUAAAAAAAGGUAUUCUCAUACCUGGACAAGGAAAUAACAUACUACUAACACUUCCGAAUUUUUGAAGAAAUAUUAUAAAUGUAGAACACCUAAUGUAAUGUAUAAUGCAUCUUCAACAGAGCGGUGUCGUUGCCAAUGUAGCAGCUGAUGCUCAGGCAGACGAUAGUGAAGUCAGUAAUUUAUAAAACCUUAACCUGUUUAUGAAACUUCGAACUGUUCAAACGACAAUUAAAUGAUUUUGAACGCUCUUGAUGAAAAUAGUCAAUGUUGUAUUAUGCCUUGUUCAAUUGAAAGUAGCUAUGUGGAGUCGAUGUCAGAUUGAUAUUUCUUUUUUUUUAAUUUAUUCAUUUAUAGAACGUUAUGCUAUUUUCCUACAAGAAACGCGUAGAAUCGACCAAGUUCAAUGGACUACGUUGAACGAUAGGGCGGCUCAAUAGAAUUGAGUAGUAUUAUUUUCUGUUUAAAUUUAUAGUGAGAAAAAUACGAUGUUUAUUGUAAAAUCGAAAUCCUUUGUUACUUUAAAGAUUGAGCGUUGUACGCUUUUGCACAAUGUAUAUUUAAAUAAUCGGCGUCGGAUUUUCGUACUUACACAAAGUGUACCAUCAGAGGUCAAUACGAUAAUGCAGUACAUUUUUCUGGAGCUAUUUGCUCUUUAAGAACAGACCAAAAAUUAAAAAAAUCGUGAAUAUAACGAUCCCUUGGGUGAGGAUUAUCAAAAACACGAGGAAACAAUUUUAAAAGACAUACCAAAAUUUGGUUUGGUUACAAACGUUGUACUAGAUUAUAUGCAUUUGAUUUGUCUGGGUGUGAUGUUGAAACUAACCGAAGUAUGGAUAAAAUCAAUAUUAUGCGAAUCAGAAAUUGAAGAAAUAUCAGAAAAAUUAAGUAAAUUGAAAAAUUUUGUACCGUCAGAUUUUUGUAGAAAUCCAAAGCAAUUCCAAAAAAUUCGACAUUUAUGGAAGGCUACAGAAUUAAGGCAAUUCCUAUUAUACACGGGUCCGAUUGUUUUAUUACAUGUUUUACCAACAAAAUUGUAUACCCACUUUUCGUCUUUUCACAUUGCCAUCUCCAUUCUAGUAAAUCCAAUUUUAUGUAAAAGUGAUGAUUACUUAAACUAUGCUGAUGAACUGCUGAAAACAUUUGUUAAAGAUUUUGAAGAAUACUAUGGUGAGAAGAAUGUCACUUUCAAUGUACAUAAUCUGUUACACAUAGUUUCAGACACAAGGAAUUUUGGAUCAUUAGAUGAUUUUAGUGCUUUUAGAUUUGAAAAUCUAAUAAGAAAAAUUAAACAGCUUGUGAGUAAAGGCAAUCAACCCCUUGUACAAAUUGGGAAAAGAUUAGCAGAAAUCAAAUCAUCUAAAGCAUAUUCAGACGAAGAUAAUGUAAAAUUUGAUCUGUCAAUGUAUUGCACAAUGCAAGAAAUUUACGUUUUUAAAGAAAAAUCGAUUUUCUUGGAUUGCCACAACACAAGUAAUAAUUGUAUUUUAUUAAAUAAUGGUACUUACAUUGAAUGCCAUUAUUUUAUCAAAGACAAAAAUAACAGUCUUAAAGUUGUUGGAAAUGUGUUAAAAGUGGUAGAUAACUUUUACAAAAAAAAUUUUAAAGACGUGUCAGAUAAAUUGCAUGUACAAAUUGUUCGACAAAGUAAAACUAUGCAGUCUUAUUCAGCUGAUUCAAUUUUAGCAAAAGUGUGUAAAUUUCCUCUAGAAGACGAGAAACAUUUUGUCGUUAUACCGCUUAUACAUACAUACAAAAGGAAAUGAAUUACAGUUAUA